GUGGCCAGGCGCCCGACCCGACACAUACACCACUGUAGUUGACGAGCUCGGUCACCAUCCAGCAGUGCUCCAGCAUGCGUGAGAUCGUCCACCUCCAGGCCGGGCAAUGUGGCAACCAAAUUGGCUCAAAGUUCUGGGAGGUGAUCAGUGACGAGCAUGGCAUCGAUCCUCAAGGCCAGUAUCAUGGAUCACACGAACUUCAGCUGGAGAGAAUCAAUGUCUACUACAACGAAGGGCAAAAUGGGAAGUAUGUACCGCGCGCCGUCCUAGUUGAUCUGGAACCUGGCACCCUCGACUCUAUAAGAACGUCAACCUACGGCAAGUUUUUCAAGCCUUCCAACUGUGUUUUUGGUCAGAGUGGUGCUGGCAACAACUGGGCGAAGGGUCACUACACUGAGGGCGCUGAGCUGGUGGAUUCUGUUAUUGACAUCGUGAGACAAGAAGCAGAGGACUGCGACUGUUUACAGGGCUUCCAACUGAAACACUCUCUGGGAGGUGGAACAGGCUCAGGCAUGGGCACCUUACUUAUCUCCAAAAUUAGGGAAGAGUAUCCAGAUAGGAUCAUGAACACAUUCUCUGUCAUGCCGAGCCCCAAGGUGUCUGAUACAGUGGUGGAGCCGUACAAUGCCACGCUCUCUGUGCACCAACUUGUUGAGAACACAGACGAGACGUACUGUAUUGACAACGAGGCGCUCUAUGACAUCUGCUUCAGAACGCUAAAGCUGGCCACCCCAACAUAUGGUGACCUUAACCACCUAGUGUCACUCACUGUCUCAGGUAUCACCACUUGCUUGAGAUUCCCCGGCCAACUGAAUGCUGAUUUAAGGAAGCUGGCGGUCAACAUGGUGCCGUUUCCUCGUCUUCAUUUCUUCAUGACGGGCUUUGCACCGCUCACUUCCCGAAGCAACCAAGGAUUCCAAGCGUUGUCCGUUCCUGAGCUUACCACACAGAUGUUUGAUGCCAAGAAUAUGAUGGUUGCAUGUAACCCAGGAAACGGACGUUACCUCACUGUAGCUGCGGUGUUCCGUGGCCGCAUGUCCAUGAAAGAAGUAGAUGAACAAAUGCUUAAAAUGCAGAACAAGAAUACCUCACAUUUUGUUGAGUGGAUACCCAACAACGUGAAGACUGCUGUGUGUGACAUACCUCCCCGUGGCUUGAAAAUGUCAGGCACAUUUAUUGGGAACUCUACUGCCAUUCAGGAGCUAUAUAAGCGUAUCUCUGAGCAGUUCACCGCCAUGUUUCGUCGUAAGGCUUUUCUCCACUGGUAUACUGGGGAAGGCAUGGAUGAGAUGGAGUUCACAGAGGCAGAGUCCAACAUGAAUGACUUGGUAGCCGAGUAUCAGCAGUACCAAGAGGCCACAGUUGAAGAUGAAAGUGUGUACGAUGAUGAUGAGGAACCAUUGGAAGAUUCUCAAGGGAGUGCUGACUACCCCUAUGAUGAGUACUAAAUGAGAGCAACCACAACACUGGCAUCCAGACACUCAGACCACCACCACAACACCUAGAUCUAAAAACUGAUGUGAGGACAUAUAAGAAGGGGAAAAAAUGAACUGAAGUACUUGUUAUAGAAUACUCGCAUAUGGUCUAACAAAAAUAACAUGGCGUGCUCCCACACACACAUACAUACAUACAUACAUACAUCCAUCCAUCCAUCCAUCCAUCCUUGACGACCGGAGGGUCAAGACCUAUCGGGUGC